UGCACACGGAGCUGGAUCUGAACAACAAAACACCAAGAGACGUGAAAGUGAAGCAGCUUUCAGCUCUGCUGCAGGAUCCACAUUACAGACUGCAGAAACUUAGGUUGUAUAAAGGAGACAGUAUGACAGAUGAAGACUGUUCACAUGUGAUUUCUGCUCUGGUUUUAAACCCUUCACACCUGAGAGAUCUGAAUCUGAACAGGAAUAAACCAGGAGAGUCUGGACUGAGAAAUCUGUGUGAUUUCCUGAAGAAUCCUGAAUGUAAACUGCAGACACUAAAACUAUGUAACAGUGUAAGAGAGAAAUCCUGUGCUGAUUUGUCUUCAGCUCUCUGUACAAAUCCAUCACACAUCAGAGAGCUGGAUCUGAGUGAGUGUGAACUGGGAGACUCAGGAGUGGAGAAGCUCUGUGAUCUACUGAAGAAACACGAGUGUAAACUGGAGACACUGCGACUUUCAGACUGUAAUAUAACAGAGAAAGGAUACACUGCUCUGGUUAAAGCUCUGAAGUCAAACCGUUCAUCACUGAUAGAGCUGGACCUCAGAGGGAACGACCCUGGAGCAUCAGGACUGAAGGAGCUUAGGAAUUUAAUGAAUGAUAAGAAGUGUAGACUGAAGACACUGAGGUUGUGGAAAAGUCCUGAUGCAGAGGAAGCCUACACGUGUCUUACUAAAAUGUUCAGUAAAAACCCCUUACUGCACACGGAGCUGGAUCUGAACAACAAAACACCUGAAGACGUGAAAGUGAAGCAGCUUUCAGCUCUGCUGCAGGAUCCACAUUACAGACUGCAGAAACUUAGGUUGUAUAAAGGAGACAGUAUGACAGAUGAAGACUGUUCACAUGUGAUUUCUGCUCUGGUUUUAAACCCUUCACACCUGAGAGAUCUGAAUCUGAACAGGAAUAAACCAGGAGAGUCUGGACUGAGAAAUCUGUGUGAUUUCCUGAAGAAUCCUGAAUGUAAACUGCAGACACUAAAACUAUGUAAGAGUAUAAGAGGGAAAUCCUGUGCUGAUUUGUCUUCAGCUCUCUGUACAAAUCCAUCACACAUCAGAGAGCUGGAUCUGAGUGAGUGUGAACUGGGAGACUCAGGAGUGGAGAAGCUCUGUGAUCUACUGAAGAAACACGAGUGUAAACUGGAGACACUGCGGUGAGUAACUCAGUGAUGU